UUUGCGCCAAAAAUACACUUCCUAGUUACUGUGUCGCUUGGCUUCCUGUCAGCUGUGCUAUCUGCAACAACAGUAACUGCUAGGAAGAUGUUCAUACUGUAAUCGGCGAGUUAACAGGACAAGUCACAGAGGAAAGAAAGUAGAAGUAAAGACAGUGAGGAUAAGGAGAUUCUGGUGACCCAGAAUGGAGGACUUCAGGCAGACAUACCUGUGUCUGUGUAAGGAGGGAGGUGUGGAGCCUCAGGAGAGUGUUGUGGCUCAGCUACGGGAAAGCAGAGCUAUUCAGGGCUCUAGACUGGACCUGAGUGGACAGAGCCUGUCUACAGAUACCUGCUGUGUGCUGGCCAAGGCUUUCCAAAAAGAUACUGCCUUUACAGAAGUCUUGCUCAGUGACUGCAUGCUCAGUGAGGAAGGUGCCAAGUUACUUCUGACUGGACUGUUUGGUAACACAACUGUAAAAGUCCUGGAUUUGAAGGGGAAUAACCUGAGAUCGACAGGGGCUGAGGUGUUGGGAAAGCUGCUGGCACGUAACAAGUAUCUGCGCAGGCUGGUGUUGGAGUGGAACGCUUUGGGGGUGUGGGACGAAGCCUUCUCGCUCUUUUGUGAGGGCUUGUCCUCCAACAGUGUGCUGACACAGCUGGACCUCCGCAACAAUCAAAUCAACCACCAUGGAGCAUCCGAGCUCGCUCUGGCAAUCAAAUGCAACAACACGGUGGAAGUGCUAGAUCUGAGGUGGAACAACAUUGGUCUGCUGGGUGGCAGGUCUCUGCUAGAGGCUCUGCAGAAGAACAAGAGCAUAGUGCAGCUGGAGAUGGCAGGAAACAACAUACCUAGUGAUACUCUGAAAGCACUUGACCACAGGCCAUAACUCAGACAGACAGUCCACCCUGAGAGAGAGCCGCAGCAGGACCCAAGUACUCAG